AUGCCUCAAAGCUUCCCUCUGUGUCAGCAAGUCCCUCUGGUGAAAUAGUGGAGGGCAGUUCAGUGACUCUGACCUGCAGCAGUGAUGCUAACCCAGCAGCUAAUUAUACCUGGUACAAGGAGAACGAAGACUCAUCAAAAGCAUCAGGACAGAACUUCACCAUCACCGAGUUCAGAGCUGAACACAGUGGGAAAUAUUACUGUGAAGCUGAGAACAGAAGAGGACGUCAUAACUCCACCUUACAUCUGGUUGUUGUGGCAGGGAAUUCAACAAUAAUAAUGAAUAUCAUCAGGUUGACUCUGGUGGUCUUGAUGCUGAUUCCUCUGCUUCUCCUGAAUCUGUGGACGAGGGAGAAGAAAACUCUGAGCUCCAGCACUGAACCAAAUGAACCUGUAGAGACAAUAGAGUUAGACUCUGGUCUGGUGUGUAAGAAGGUCUCAGACUUGAAGGCCGUCACUGCAGCACAGACAGAAGACUCAGAGCGGCAGGAAGACGUGGUGUGAAGUCCAGUCAGAUGCAGUAGAACCAGACUCACCUGAUGGAAACAAAGUAGAACAUCACUGAAAUAUCCCUGGAGAUGGAGGCUGUGGAGGAAGAACACUUUGCUAGAUGUUAACAUCUUCCAAGAACUGCUUGGCUGAUUCAAAUAAACAGCCAGCUUCCACAUCAAGUGAAGGACCUGUUGGGCAACUCUGUUGAUGGAAACAUUGUGAUACUAAUUUUAUUUAACAGCUUUCAAGACAAAUAAAUGCAAA